AUGGUGCUACCUAGUUAUAAAAAAAAUCUCUUUUUCUUUAUAAAAAAAUCCCUAGUUAUAGUUAAAAAUCUCUUGAAAAAGAGUCGUGAAAGAUACUUUUCCAACCUCGGCCAGAGUUGGUAUCUAAACCCGAAACGCUUUUGGAAUCUGUUUAAAGUAAAAUCCCAAACCAGUACUAUCCCACAAUCUGUAUCGUGGACAGUAGGAAACGACACAAAAGUCGCCAACAACACGACGACUAUCGCUAAUAUGUUCAAUAACUACUCCUCAGUAUCGAUCGCUCCACAAGAAGAUCUUCAAUCUAACAACGCUACUACGACAGAUAUAAAUGACACUAUUUCUUCUGGUUCACCUACGCAGUCAAUAGAUCAAUUAUCAGUGACGGAAAGUGAUGUUCUGAGAACUCUAAAAUCUCUCGACCCAGAUAAAGCAUUAGGACCAGAUGAAAUCCCUGGUAGAAUUCCGAAAGUAACAGCCAACCAAAUUGCUCCGUCGCUCACUCGCUUGUUUAACAAAUCUCUCCAAAUUGGGGUAGUACCCGAUGAGUGGAAGCUUGCAAAUGUCGUUCCAGUAUUUAAAAAAGGAGAAAAGGAUCGCGUAGAAAACUACAGACCUGUUUCUCUUUUAUGUAUAGCAUCGAAAUUGUUGGAACGAUGCAUAUUAAACCACCUUACUAAGGUGGUGACCUUAGAUUCUAUCUAGAGAACAUAAUAAAUCGCUGUCAGCAUGUUUUACUCCCGGGAAAUCCUGCACUACUCAACUCAUCCAAGUUAUAGAUACAAUUGGUAAACUUCUUGAUCAAGGAGAGCAGAUAGAUGUCGUUUAUCUUGAUAUGUCCAAGGCAUUCGAUAAAGUGAAUCACACGAAGAUGAUCGAUAAACUCCGCAGUUUUAGAUUCAACGGUGGCUUACUUUCUUGGUUCCAGUCCUAUCUUCGCCAUCGUCGACAAAAAGUGACAGUGUUAGGAUCAACAUCUACGUCGACGCCCGUGACAUCCGGAGUACCAUAAGGAUCUAUCUUGGAUCCAAUCCUGUUUCUGCUUUACGUCAAUGAUCCGAUGCGAUAUCCUUGUCUACAAUUGCAACUUUUGCAGACGAUACCAAAUUGUUCCAAUGCAUAUCGUGUGAAGCAGACAGCUCUCUCUUACAAGAAGAUCUGACCAAUAUAAACAACUGGUCAUCGUCUUCUGAUCUUAUGUUUAAUCAGUCUAAAUUAUGUAAAGUUCAGACAAUAUCGCGUAAACGAAAGCCCAUUAUGGCCUCAUAUUCCACGGGAAAUACGCAGCUCGACCACUGUUUCCAAGAACGUGACCUUGGAGUAUGGAUCUCGUCUGAUCUAUCGUGGAAGAAGCAGGUAGAAUCGCAGAGUACAAAAGCAAACCAGAUCUUGGGGUACGUGAAAAGAACAACAAAAAAUUUAAAGUCCCUCACAACAAGACGAACAAUUUAUUUAACAAUUGUACGUGCUCAUCUUGGUUACGCGACGCAAGUCUGGGCGCCUCAAACUGUAGAGCAAAUGAGAAAGAUUGAACGGGUUCAGCGACGUGCAACUAAAUAUAUUCUCCAUCUGCCAUUUAACUCCAGACGUCUCAUACAAAGACAGACUAAUUCAAUGUAACUUAAUUCCAUUAACUUACUGGCAUGAGUACUUAGACAUGGUCUUUUUCUUCAAACUAAUAAACAAUCUUAUCCAUGUGAACGAUACUUUCCUACCGAAAUCAAAGAAAUCUGAGAGAUCAACAAGAUUGUCGCGUAAUGCGGUUGGUACUACCUUCAAAGAGCAACGAUACAGAACAUCAACGUACAGCAGAUCUUACUUAAUACGAUCAACACGGACAUGGAACGCACUACCGAAAGAAAUAACCCAAAACCACAACAAAUCUUCUCUUGCCACUUUCAAGAAUAUUCUGAAAGAAUACUACUACUCCGCUCUUCCCUUAACUUUCGACCCUGACGACCCACGUACAUGGAAGACAACCUGUGUCAAAUGUAACUGUGUUCGAAGUUUGCUGGUUCCCCCUUCUUGUUGUUUUUGAACCUCGCGCAACUGAUUAUUUAUAUUUUGGUAAAACCAGGGCCUUUCCAUACCAGAUAAUUCCAGAUCGCGGCUGUGGACGGGCAUCUUUCAGGUUAUUUUCAAACUGGAUUGUGUGUAAAUUUCAGUCACUGUGUUUUUUAAGGUUUUUUCAUAUCCAUGCUAUUACAUUGUAUGGAAAGGUUUUGCUUUUACCAAUGGUAAAAUAAUAUAUUUUUUAUAAGUAAGUGUCUGAUUGCUUGAUCUCUUGGUUGGUUGAUUGAACACGUCAAUUGAACAGUUCGUUAAUUGAUUGAUUGAUUUUAUUAUUUAGUCCUUUUCCGUUUACUGUUCAGUAAACUUAACUAAUUUAACGAAUAUUGUGAAGAAGGAUCCGCAGUAAUUGGCUGUAGCUGUUGCGGAAAUCCUGCCUUGUUUAUAUAUAUAGUAAUUAGAUGUUUCUUCUUAAUAUUGUUACCAAGGCAAAGUUAGAUAAAUUAAAUUAAAUUAAAUUACUCACAGCUCUUCCUAUGUAUUUUACUUGCUGGUGAUGUUGCCAUCAAUCCUGGACCGACCAUAACUUCAAAUCGGAUAUCUGAUUUAAAAUCGAACCCAUUAAACGCUCUCUACCUUAACGCAAGAAGUUUAAAAGCCUUUGUUUCCUCAGAUAACGAUCACUUGUCUAAAGUAUGUAAGAUUACAUUGCUACAAAAUCUGGUCUGCAGUGGAACAUAUGACUUUAUCUGUAUCUGUGAAACAUGGCUUAAUGAAACUGUUCUCAGUAGCGAAUUGUUACCUGGAUACUCUAUUUUCCGUCGUGACAGAGUGGAAAAGAUUGGUGGCGGUGUGCUUGUUGCGGUAAAAAGUAAUAUACAUGCUACUCGUCGAAUGGAUCUUGAAAGAGAAAAUGUGGAACUUGUUGUCGUAGAAUUUGCCAUGGAAAGCAACAAAACAGCUCUCCUGUAUACCUUUUAUCAUUCUCCUAAUUCUUACCCUGAUGUAAAUACAACAUCUAAAUGCAUCGCUUCAAAGUAAUCCUGAAUCUAGCUGCAUUAUCUUGAUAGGAGACUUUAAUCUUCCAGCAAUUGACUGGUCUCUCGAUCAACCAACGCCUGCAACUAAUGGAGGUCAACUUGAAGAGUCAUUUUGUGAUUUGGUAGCUGAUAGUUUCCUACAACAAUUUAUCUCUGGUUCCACGCACAUUGAUGGUAACAAGCUUGAUCUGCUGCUCUGUAACUGUCCUGAGAUUAUCAAAAACGUAUCAUCACUUCCACCCGAACAAUUAACUUUUCCAACCGAUCAUAACAUCAUCGAAUUCGAGGUCCAACAUUCGUUUCGUCGUGCUAACCCAAUAACACGCACUGUCUUCGGUUAUAGGCGGGGAAAUUUUGAUGAGCUCCGCAGUUACUUAACACGCAAGUCCUGUGAAACUAUUUCAUCUGAUGAUAUUAACGAGUGCUGGUCACAAUGGAAAGAAUGGUUUCUAAACGCUGUUCAGAAAUAUAUCCCUGUUAAAAAAGUUAAGGACAAAAACUCGCCUCCCUGGAUUGACGGAGAAGUAAGAUACCAUAUUCGAAAGAAAUAUGCUGCUCUGAAGAAAUAUAGGAAAACUCGAACUGACUAUCGUAAGCGAAAGCUGCGUGAAAUAAGUCAAACUAUCAAAUAUCUAGUUCGAACGAAACAUCGUGACUACUUACUUAAGAUUAAGGUGUCUUUCCGCAGCAACCCGAAACUGUUCUGGAGCUAUCAUAAAGCUAUUUUUCAUCACCGGUCAACUCAAAACGCUGUCAUUUCACAUAAUGGCAUUGUGGCAAAAACACCUACUGAGAAAGCCGAACUUUUUAACUCCUACUUCUCGUCAGUUUUCCAACCUUCAACGACUAAUGAAGCUACUAACUCCCGCAAUUCUCGACUACCAACUGAUUCACAACUAAGUGAGAUCACGCUUGAUGUCGAAGAAGUUGUAAACAGUCUGUUGAAUCUGAAUGUUUCAAAAGCUAGUGGCCCUGAUGGAAUUCCUGCCCGCCUUCUGAAAGAAUGUAGUCAUCAAAUCGCUCCAAGCCUUUGCACUCUUUACAACCAUUCACUAAGAUCUGGACAUAUUCCUUCUGAGUGGAAAUCAGCAGAUGUUACUCCAGUGCACAAGAAGAAUUCCAAAGAACCAGCUGUGAACUACAGACCAAUCUCGCUAUUGCCCAUCAUUAGUAAGACCUUAGAACGGUGCAUUUACUGGAGAUUUUAUGACCAUGUUGUGAACCUUAUCAGUCCACCUCAACACGGUUUUCUGAGAAAUCGCUCGUGUGUCACCCAACUCCUAUCAGCUUUCCACUCUAUCGGGCAAGAUCUAGAUAAGAAUACUCAGACUGAUGUCUUGUACCUGGACUUCGCCAAAGCGUUUGACUCCGUUGACCAUAAUAUCUUACUGGAUAAGCUGCGUUGGUACGGCGUGACAAGAUCUGUUCUUGAUUGGUUCGCUGACUAUUUAAACGGUAGGACUCAGAGAGUUGUUGUGGAUGGAGUAGCUUCUGCAUGGUCAUCAGUCACAUCAGGUGUGCCUCAGGGAAGCAUUCUUGGACCAGUUUUGCUCAUUGUAUUUAUUAACGAUCUCCCAGACAUCAUACAUAACGGAACUGAAAUUGCCCUGUUCGCGGACGAUACGAAAAUUCACAGACAUAUUAUCUCGACUCGCGACUGUGAAAGCUUACAACAUUCAUUGGUCAAGUUAGAUCUGUGGAGUAUGGAAAACAAUCUCUUCUUCAAUGCCUCUAAGUGUAAAGUCCUCACCGUCACACGAAAGAAAACGCCUAUCAUCUACGAAUACACCCUUGGGACCGAAAAGCUAACUCGGGUUGACCAUGAAAAGGACCUUGGUAUUACGACUACUACAAAACUCUCAUGGAAACUACACAUAAACACCAUUGUUGCGAAGGCCAACAAAAUGUUAGGUAUACUUAAAAGAACCUGUACUAGUAUUACAGACAGGAGGGCAUCCAAGUGGAUACUAAUGAACAGAGAGAUGCCUUACAAAGAACGGCUGUCGUCGUUAAACCUGCUACCAUUAAGUUACGAUAGAGAAAUGAAGGACUUAACAUUCUUUUAUAAAGCUUUAUUUGGUUUUAUAAACGUGAACUUGAGUAACUAUGUGUCGUUUGUCAGCCAUGGUCGUACUCGAUUGAGUCUUUCCUCUGAGUAUAUCCUUCAAAACCCACUGUAUAAAACUACCACUUUUCAAUCCUCCUACUACAACC